AUGCUCCUAAAGAAGGUGAUCGACGGGCAGGAGACUUGAAUGGCGUGGGUUAAUUAAUUACAUGUCUUUUGAUCCGACUUACGAGUCAUCUCCCGAAAUCCCAAAUCUCCUAGUGUAAGUAUUACCUGUCGGUCCGAUUUCCUCGCGUACCGUACAGGAAGUCCACUGAAGACCAGCAGGUAUGCUGUACAGCACUGGUUAUACCGGCCAAGCAGUGCCUCAAUGGGUCACUGUUCUCUCUAGAAUUCCAACUGGUGAUUUUUCCCUUCACAUGGCCCUAGCAGUAUUUCAUCUGUUAUAAACAAACCUCUAUCUUACUGUUCUCCAAACAUUCGAAUCCACCAGUAUGGGCCGAUCAGACAACAACAUUUCCUUUUCGAAGACACAUCCUACAAUUCGUGUUCCAGUAGUCCAGCAUGGCAGUUUCACACAGCCAGCGAUGCAUCGCCAGAACAUUUUGUCUUUGCCAGUAUCUGACCAGUUGAGGGACACACCAAUGCGAUCCCGCGAAUAUUUCCCUCCUGGACCUCCCCCAGGUCGCUACGCACAGUCUAGGGGUGUUUUUACAUAUUCUAACGUCGUCGAUGAUUCAAGUGCAUACGGCUCUGCGGGAGUCGAUUCGCCUGCUCAUUUUCUAGGUGGAAAUUCGAAUAGAUAUCUUCAUAUUGAAGAUUCUAUGCAGCCACAGCAGGGCACGGCAUUUCAGUAUCCGGUAAUGGAUGCGCCAUCGUACCACGAAGGCAAUGCCGGUUAUGCCUUACGACGAGUGCAGCACCCAAUUUCGCCUGCUGACGUUGGCGUUAGCGCAAGCUCUGCGGAUAUCCGCUACGGGUUAGAUGAUAGUCGGCCUGCUCAGGUUCCAGGUGGAAUUCCGGAUAGAAAUUUGGUGAUUGCAAAUCCUGUGCCGCGGCAAGACACAGGAUUGCAGCCGUUCCCACCAUACGGAAGCAGAGCCAUUGCUUGGGGAUACGAAGACGACAUUAGACAUGCCCCACAAUCGCAAACCGCAGAAUCAUUCACACCCACAGUCUUAUAUGAUCCAGCUCACCGCCAUUUAGACCAUUCCCCUUAUGACCUAACACCCCCUCACCCUUUGCCGUCGUCAUCAUCGUCGAUUCCAGCAUCCAGGACGGAGACAUCUAAUCCUAGUGCACAUCAGCCGACACCUUUCGUUGACCACACUAUCCAAGCUGUGUCGUUUCGUAAUCAUGACGCUCAGCAGCCAGGUUCUCAGGUUUUCCUCGUCGACGGCUGCUUGAUCGAUUUGGGUGACCUUCCUGACCAGGGAACCAAUGACGGUAGCAUAACCAUCGGCAGAUGUCUUCGCAGUGACUCACCGUGCGGCCUUUGGGUGAGAGCGGACAAGGGUACGAUCAAGCGCCACGCGCAGAGAUGGCAUGGUGUUGCUCGUGGAGGUGACACCAGCAAAGUCUCAUGUACAUGGACCGAGUGUAACACCGAGAUGCAAAAGAGCGCUGUGCCACGGCAUACUCUUUGCAAGCACUUCCGCGAAGCAUUUCAGUGUAAUGGGUGUUCGAGACUUUUCACACGGGGCUACUCUUGGAGAUCUCAUGCUGAAAAGUGCGCGUCAGGUGUUUAUGGAUACAGUGUAAGGUAUUGCGCUAGCACUCGUGUCAUUAGUGUGAAAGGCGUGUCCACGAGACAGGUCGGCCACUUAUAGAUGGAAGGGACCGAUUGAAGCAGCUGAGGCUGCUGCGACUUCCACGCAGCCACUCAAGCCACGAUUCGUGGAACAUACCCCUAUUUAUUGCAAUGACAUCAUCCUGCAGCUGUAGACCAGCGCUAU